AUGCUGGCCCGUUCCGCCCUGUGCGUGCCCUCGCGGGCCAUCGCACGCCAGUCGCUCGGCAAGACCACCACGCGUGCGUCUUCCACCGCCGCCGGCGCCGAAUCCGCCAGCUCCCCCUUCUACCUCACCCUCACUGCCUCGCUCGCAACCGCCGCGGCUGCCGGUUCUGCCGCAUGGUACUAUCACCUCUAUGGCCAGGAGGCCUUUGCCUCGACCCCUGCUGAGGAAGGAUUGCACGCUACCCAGUACCCUUGGGUUCACGAAAGAUUCAACAAGACUUUCGAUCACGGCGCUCUCCGCCGUGGUUUCCAGGUCUACCGUGAAGUUUGCGCCAGCUGCCACUCUCUCACCCGUGUGCCAUGGCGCUCAUUCGUUGGUACGAUGCACACCGUCGAUGAGAUGAAGGCCUUCGCCGAAGAGAAUGAGUACGACACCGAGCCCAAUGACCAGGGCGAGAUCGAGAAGCGCCCCGGAAAGCUCUCAGACUACAUCCCCUCUCCCUACAAGAACGAGGAGGCCGCCCGUGCCGCCAACGGUGGUGCCCUGCCCCCGGAUCUCAGCUUGAUCAUCAAGGGCCGCCACGGUGGCUGCAACUACGUGUUUAGCUUGCUUACCGGCUACCCCGAUGAGCCCCCGGCGGGCGCCAGCGUGGCCGAGGGCAUGAACUUCAACCCUUACUUCCCUGGUACCGGUAUUGCUAUGGGCCGUGUUCUCUUCGACGGCGUGGUCGAGUACGAGGACGGCACUCCCGCCACCACUUCCCAGAUGGCCAAGGACGUGGUCGAGUUCUUGAACUGGACCGCUGAACCCGAGAUGGACGACCGCAAGAAGAUGGGUGUCAAGUCCGUCGCUCUCCUUACCGGUCUGUUCGCCAUCAGCGUCUGGAUCAAGCGCUACAAGUGGGCCCCGAUCAAGACGAGGAAGAUCGUCUACAGCCCCCCGGUUGCCCCCCGCCGCUGA